AUGGCCUUUUCCUUUGGCUUCUCCGGAGACGACAUAGACGCCGAGCUCAUCAACGAGCCUGAGUCUCAAUCUCAACCCCAGCUUCAACCUCAACCUCACCCCCAGUCUGCAACGCAACCCCCCUCAUCAUACAGCGCCUUCCCCGUCGCCGGCAAGCCCCAACUCCCCGCAACCCUCCACCCGCUCUCCUCCCUGCUCGCCCAGCUCCCCUCCAAAAUCGCCUACGACACCCUCGCCAUCGACCUCACCAACGACCUGUGGGACGUCCGCGUCCAGCUCAUGGCCGAGGACGACGACGUCCUGUCCGGCUCCAGCGGCGAGGACCGCGUCGACGACGGCGGCCUCGGCAAGCACGACGUCAAGACGGGCAUCUACGAGGGCGGCUUCAAGAGCUGGGAGAGCAGCAUCGACCUCGUCAGGGUGCUCGCCGCGCAGGACGAGCUCACGGCCGCUCAGCAGGCUUCGUCUCUUCGUGUGAUUGAGCUCGGCUGCGGAACCGCCCUCCCCUCCCUCGCCCUCUUCACCUGGAUCAUGCAACGCCAGUCCCGCUCCCAAUGGCCCCAGACCCCCUUCCCCUGCUCCCUCAUCCUCGCAGACUACAACCCCUCCGUCCUCCGCCUCGUCACCCUGCCCAACUUCCUCCUCGCCUGGGCCCUCCACAACGCCGCCCAUGAGCCCGCCCUCGCCGACGCCUUCAGCAUCGAAGGCGAGCUCGAGCUGUCCCCGGGCAUCGUCCAGGCCUUUGAGAACUUCCUCUCGUCCAGCGGCAUCCAACUGUCCUUCAUCUCCGGUGCUUGGUCCCCCGAGUUCAUCAGCUGUCUGUACGAUUUGCCGGCCUUUUCAUCGGCAUCGCCUGCGCCGAGGACGCUCAUGAUUGGAGCAGAGACCAUUUACUCUCCGUUUGCCCUGCAGGCGUUUGCUCAGACUGUCUUUGCUGUGCUGGACCGUGAGAAGGCUUCCGGUGCUACGGCAGCCGCAUAUGUAGCUGCAAAGCGGCUCUACUUUGGCGUCGGCGGCUCAUUGGACGACUUCAUCGACGUGGCCCGGUCAAAGGGUGCCACUGUUACAGAGCUGAGAGAGGAGAGCGAGGGUGUACGACGCGGUGUGGUCCACUGCGUCUUGCAGAAGGAGUAA